CAAGAGCAGAAAUUUCCAAACAUAUCAUGAUUAACUUUCAGCAAGUUUCUAAAUUACCAAAAUAAGAAAGUUUGCAUUACAAGCAUAAACUUUCAGCCAUAUUCUUAACCAAAACAUAAAAAGAAAAAGAAGUGAAAGUUUAAUUUAGUUUAGUUAAUUUAUACAAACAUGUCUUCCAGUGAGAUCACACAAAUGGAAGAAGGUGAUCUUAAGGCAGAAGCACAAGCACAAAGGGAUUCUAGUUUUUGCGGUUCUCCUGAAGUAGUUCAAAUCAUACAAAAGGUAAUAGCAGAGGUGAUAGGAACAUACUUCUUAAUUUUUGCAGGUUGUUGCGUAGUGGUUCUUAAUAAAUCAGAAGAGACUAAAGGGACAAUAACAUUUCCUGGAAUUUGUGUAACAUGGGGUCUAUCAGUUAUGAUCUUGGUUUAUUCUCUCGGUCACAUUUCGGGUGCUCAUUUCAAUCCAGCGGUUACAGUUAGCUUCGCCAUCUAUCGGCAUUUCCCACUAAAAGAGGUGCCAUUGUAUAUUGUUGCACAAGUGGUAGGAUCUGUUCUUGCUAGUGGAACAUUGUACCUUCUGUUUGAUGUAGAUGAAGAAUCUUUUUUCGGAACAACACCAGCAGGAUCUAAUAUGCAAUCUCUUGUGUUUGAGAUACUCACAUCAUUUCUCUUGAUGUUUGUUGUAUCUGCAGUUUCCACAGACAAUAGAGCUAUUGGAGAAUUAGCAGGGAUUGCUGUUGGUAUGACAAUUGUUGUAGAUGUCUUGGUUGCAGGGCCUGUGUCAGGUGCAUCUAUGAACCCAGCUAGAACUCUUGGGCCAGCUUUGGUGAUGCAUAAUUACAAGGGAUUUUGGGUUUAUGUUGUUGGACCCUUUGUUGGUUGCAUAUUAGGUGCCUCAGCCUACAACUUGAUUAGAUUCACAGAUAAACCACUUAGGGAAUUAAGCCAAAGCUCAAGCUUCCUCGGAAGAAGCUUUCGGUAGAUAAUAUGUAGUAUAUUUGUUUUAAAUCACUUUAGGAUGCAAACUAAUAAGUAUGGUGAGAUUGUGGUGUCUAAACCAUUAAUUAAAUUUUGCAUGCAUGUUGGGAAUUAGAAUUUGUUUUAUUUUUUCAA